CUUAUCAGUUCUUUAUGAGAUACACGUGGAACUCGACAUGGCGAUCUCCACAAAACCCCUACCUCUGCUAUAUUUUCUAUGUUUCUUGCAAAUGACGUCGUCCGAAAAACUUGGGGGUAGUCUUCCAGAUUUUGAAUUCGAUUUUGAUGCACUUCCGGGAACUCAGCACGAGUUUAAAAUCUUUGUGAAAGCCGGAGAAGAAGAAUGUUUCGUCCAGAAGGCAGCGCAAGGUGCUAAUUUACACGUUCAAUUCGAGGUUCUUCGGGGAGGGGACAGAACCAUAAAUGUAGUGUUGAUUGAUCCUAAUUAUCAAAUCAUCCACCACCUACCCUAUCAGACGGACGGCAAGAUAGACCAUGUAGCGGUCAUGUAUGGCGCCUAUCAGUUCUGUUUCGACAACACAGUCAGUAAAUUAGCCGGGAAGCUGGUGUACAUUUACAUAGUAACAUAUGUCCCAGAGGAAUGGACUAAAUAUGUUAAAGAAAUUGAGAGUGUCAGCGCCUCAGUCCUCAAUUUCACGGGUGCACUGGCUGGCGUUCAGACGUCAAUAGAGCAAGUGAAACUCCACCAAACAGAAAGCCGCAUGCACGUCAUAAAAGACUGGUACCUCGUGACCGGAAAUAACAGAUACAUCAUGUAUUGGUCCAUUUUUCAAAUAUGUGUCGUCAUUUUCACCGCAAUAUUUCAAGUGUUUUGUCUAAGACGGUUAUUUAGGGUACCAACCAUGACACCGACAUCAAAGCCGAGAGCCUGACCAACCAUCAGAUUUAUAAAAUAUGUAUUUUCAUUGUUAGUACACCCCAAACCAUUUAGACACAUACUAGACUCCAGUCAAAGAAAGGCAUGCAGUUCAUGGGUCCAUAAUCAUUCCAGUUUCAGUGCCCAACCCAACCAUAUACACAUCGCUCAAUAUAUCAAUCCACUGAUGUUCUUCUGUCUGUGUGCACAGUUAUGUAAAAUAAAUAGGAGCCUUACAAACAUAGAUACAAUGUUGGAUUCAGGAAAUAUCUUUGCUACUAAAAAAAAAUAUCAAUUGCUGUGAAGGAGAAACUUCAAACGUAGCUUGUCACGACAUAUGUCAGAAGUAGUGUAAAUGAAAUGUGGACCAAGAACUUUUAGUAAAUUUGAAAUCGCAAAAUUUUUCUCAAAUUAGAUAAUUUUAAAAACGUAUGACUUUCCAACACUUUACACGACCAUUCCUCACGAGAAAUUAAAGAUACUUUUUGACAUUAUAGAAAGUUGCUUCUUCAAUAAAAAUGGUAAAAGGAAA